AUGAUGUCUCUGAACAGCAAGCAGGCUUUCGCCAUGCCCCACACCAGUUUACCCGAACACAAGUACUCCAGUUUGCAUUCUUCCUCGGAGGCGAUGCGCCGAGCAUGUCUCCCGACCCCACCGGUACUUAUGUGUGCAUUCUAUUUGCAAUUGCAGAGCAAUAUAUUUGGCGGUCUGGAUGAGAGCUUGUUGGCCCGUGCGGAAGCUCUGGCGGCGGUGGAUAUAGUAUCGCAGACCAAGAGUCACCACCACCCUCCUCACCACAGCCCCUUCAAGCCAGACGCAACAUACCACACCAUGAAUUCUCUUCCCUGUACUUCGUCCUCUUCUUCCGUGCCUAUAUCGCAUCCGUCGGCCCUGGCUGGUCACCACCACCACCACCAUCACCACCACCAUCAACCGCACCAGGCGUUGGAAGGGGACUUGCUUGACCACAUCACCCCAGGACUGGCACUAGCAGGAGCAAUGGCAGGGCCGGAUGGCUCAGUUGUCUCCACGCCUGCGCAUCCAGCCCAUAUGGCCGGGAUGAACCACAUGCAUCAGGCGGCUCUCAACAUGGCUCACGCCCACGGUUUACCAACACACUGUAUGAGCGACGUGGACGCUGAUCCAAGGGACUUGGAGGCUUUUGCUGAGCGAUUUAAACAACGGAGAAUCAAACUCGGCGUGACUCAAGCGGACGUUGGGGCAGCAUUGGCCAGCUUGAAGAUUCCAGGAGUGGGUUCUCUCAGCCAGAGCACAAUCUGUCGAUUUGAGUCACUGACAUUAUCUCACAACAACAUGAUCGCUCUAAAGCCAAUUCUCCAAGCCUGGCUUGAGGAAGCAGAGAAAUCACACCGCGAGAAACUGAACAAGCCGGAGUUGUUCAAUGGGGCAGAGAAGAAGAGAAAACGCACGUCGAUAGCAGCCCCGGAGAAGCGCUCUCUCGAAGCUUAUUUUGCUAUACAGCCGCGUCCCUCUUCUGAGAAAAUCGCGGCAAUAGCCGAAAAACUGGACCUCAAAAAGAACGUUGUGCGAGUCUGGUUCUGCAACCAGCGACAGAAACAAAAACGAAUGAAGUACUCUGCAUGCGUCUAA